UGCGGAUGUAAGGUGUGGGUCAUUACUCACCUUUCUGUGCUCCUCUCUGCAGGAGGUGUCAUCUCUUACAUCGGUUCCUCUGGAGGCUCUCCGCCCAGGACAAGUCCAGUCUCCAUGUACAGCGAGAACUCCUCCUCGUCUUUGACUCCCUCCUUCCUCAGCAGCAGCGGCAGCUCAAGCUCGGGCUCUGCAGGCGAUGACGGCUCCUCUUCCGCCUCCUCUUCAGCAGGAGGCUCGCCGAGAGGCCGAGACGACGGAGGCCCUGUGAGGGCAUCGCCCAGCAAGUCUGUGGCCAGUCUGACCAAACUCAAUGGCAUGGUGUUGCUGUGUAAGGUCUGUGGAGACGUGGCCUCAGGUUUCCAUUAUGGAGUUCAUGCGUGCGAAGGAUGCAAGGGAUUUUUCCGCCGCAGCAUCCAGCAGAACAUUCAGUAUAAGAAGUGUCUGAAGAACGAGAGCUGCACCAUCAUGAGGAUAAACAGGAAUCGCUGUCAGCAGUGUCGCUUUAAGAAGUGCCUGUCUGUGGGCAUGAGCCGCGACGCCGUUCGUUUCGGUCGGAUCCCGAAGCGCGAGAAGCAAAGGAUGCUGGCUGAGAUGCAGAGCGCCAUGAACAACAUGGCGAACAUGCAGAACGAUUUCCAGCUAGCCAGCCUCACCUCCUCCUCCUCCCCCUCCCCCGCCUCUUCAUCCUCUCCUUGCCGGGGGGUGACCAUCGCCCCCCAGCCUCCGCCCCAAGCUCUGCCUUUGGCUCCCGCCUCGCCCUCCCCUCCCGCUCCAGCCACUUCCUCCUCACCCCCUCCUCUUCCUCCUCCCCCUUUUCCUGCCCUUCUCUGCCAGAGCCCCUCCCCGCCGUCCUCACCCCCCUCCAGCCCUGGGUUGGACACCACCAUCAGCGCCAUCGCCCUAGCUCACCGCGAGACCUUCCUGUAUGCUCAUGACAAACUAGCCAAUCCCCACACGCCACCUCAGCAACAGCAGAAUAACCACGCCCACUACGGCAACAAUGAGGCGGAGCACUGGGGGCCCAACAGGUGCCAAAACGGUUACCAUGCCAACGGGCUAAAUACUAUCUACCAUCAUAACAACAACCACGGGACAGGGCACUACCUGCAGCAGGACAACAGCAGGAACAUUACGCAUCAUCACCAAGGCAACAGGAAGCGGACCCUGCACAACAGCAAUAUGAUUGGAGGAGAAGGGUUCAACGACCCCGGGACCCAGGGGCAGAACUGUCCAAUGAAGAACCGCACCGGGAUAGUGUUGGCCUGCCCAAUGAACAUGCAGCCUCAAGCCGACCCCGCGAAGAACCCUCAGGAAAUCUGGGAGGACUUCUCCGUGUCCUUCACCCCUGCUGUCAAGGAGGUGGUGGAGUUUGCUAAACACAUCCCCGGAUUCAGUUCUCUGACUGAGAACGACCAGGUCACCUUGCUCAAGGCGGGCACCUUUGAGGUGCUGAUGGUGCGCUUCGCUUCCCUUUUCAAUGUGAAGGAGCAGACUGUGACUUUCAUCUCUGGCGCCACCUACAGCCUGGUGGAGCUGCAGGCAAUGGGGAUGAACGAGCUGCUGAGUGCCAUGUUCGACUUCAGCCACAAACUGGCUGUGCUGGAGCUGAGCGCCCAGGAACUGGGACUGUUCACCGCCGUGGUGCUGGUGUCUGCAGAUCGGUCUGGUAUCGAGAAUGUGGCGUCAGUGGAGCAGCUGCAGGAGAACCUGAUCAGGGCGCUGCGUUCACUGAUCUGCAAGUCCACGGAACCCAACGGCCAGAACCAUCACAACGUGGACUCGCCGCGCUUUACCAAACUACUUCUGAAGCUUCCAGACCUGCGGACGCUCAAUAACAUGCACUCUGAGAAGCUGCUGUCUUUCCGCAUCGACGCCUGAAUGACCUCACGGCGAUGACGUUCCCAGGUGCUUCUUCGGAUUGGUCGGCGAUAGGAAGAAACACAAUAUCAUAUGGUGCUCUCUACCGCCAUGACGCCAAAGUCAUGACGUUGUUACCCCAAUGUGCUGAAGAUGCCAUCCCCGACAAAUUGUAAAGACUUCAAAGUGAUGAUGUCAUCAACAAAACUUUUCAGAAAAUGACUCACCGCUAAAAAAAAGAAAAAGGCUGUAGCUUAUGGAGCAACGACUUGGCCACGCAGACCGACCGAGUAGAAGGACCAGUUCUACAUUUUAGGAAUGCUGGUUUGCCGUCUUGCCCAGAGACAAUGAUCAGUUUUUAAUGCUUUGUUUUAAAGCUUAGCGCAAAUACCAGAAACAAAGGGAAACUGCUAGCCAUGCUCGUGCUACGAUUUAGUCAAAUUCAGCCCUGAAGAGUAAUGGGGGUACUUUGUGUUUUGAAUUAUCGCCCAAAGAAUUAUGGAUGAAUUUCAUUAUUUUGGGUAAAAAUUGUAACACAGUCAACCAUCUCUGAAGGAACUUGUAGUGUGAUGAAGUUCAUCUCGGACAGGCUUGAGCUUUGUCUGUACUCUGACCGCACUUCAAAGCACUUUGAUAACAAGAAACAACAUGUUAAUCCAACAGAUGUGUGGAUUUUUACAUCUCGAGUUCGGCCAACAGUUUCCCCCUAGCUUUCAGUCUUUGUACUAAGAGAGUCUAAAACAUCCUGGACUGGUCUCUGUGCCAGAUAAAGAGAUAAAAGUGGUGUCGAUUUGAAACGACCUGGAGAAGACGGACAACAGGAUUAUUCAAAAGUCGGACUCAUCAGGAGCUGCCAACAACAACAUCCACAACUUCCAGGUAUCACAGACUGACGCUGGUGCUUCAGCACAGGACCGGCAGUGACGAACAAGCUCCACUGACCGAUGAGACAAAAGUCAGACAAUACAGCGUGCUGCUCUCUUAACGCACACUAUGCUGCAGAUUCUUGUAUAAAAACUGUAAAUAUCCAAUAAUGCUUGAAGCUGUGUUCAACACACAAAGAUAUAUUAUACAUCUAUAUUUUUUGUUAAUAAGAGUACACGCCUGUGCAAAUAUUAUGACUGUAAGAAAGCGUGACUGUACCUACAAUGUCUGAAAUGCAUUAAAUGAAGACGAGAUAUUCUGAGGUUUGUAUUUUAAUCUUUGUUUCCUGUUGUAUAGACAUUAUAUAAUGUAUAUAUAAAUGUGUACAAAUCUGA